UUAAGAGUGUAGGUAAAAUUAUGAGAUGUCAGACUCUUAUAGCACGCAUUUAAACAGGCUCACCUGCAUCAGUAACGUAACGAUAAUGAAUCUAUUCCCCCAUAACAGAUGGUUGGAAAGAGCGCCUCCUGGAGAUCGCUGACGCGGACUCCCUUCCGGCCUGCUGGGGCGGAAAUAUGGUGGGACCCGACGGUGACCCACAAUGCAGGCACAAGGUGAACUACGGAGGUCGGUUCGAAGAGCCUGAGUCGUGUUCCCUUUUCGACGAGAAGGACGCCCGGCAGCAGACGAUCGGUCGCCGGGAGCGCUGGGAGCUCCCGAUCAACGUGGUUAUGCCAGGCGCACUACUCAUCUGGCGCUUCCAGACGAACGCCGGUGACGUGGCCUUCGGUCUGCGCAUGCUCAGCGGAAGAUCCCUGGUUCCCGUACAACGCCUUAAAGCUUGCAGCCAAACCCCGCAGGAGGGAAGUUGGCAAUGCGAUGCACCAGGAACAUACGUCCUCGAGUUCGACAAUACUUACAGCUGGCUGAACGGCAAGACCUUGGCUUACGUAGUGAACGUCUUAGCACCGGAGGAGAUAUCCUGAUUGGACGUCACGAACAGAAUCACGCGUGCAACUUAACACGAACAAGUGAAGUAUCCUUGAACAGGGGCUGUCGCUGGCUCCAGCCACACCCCCUGUUCAAGGAUCUUUAAGUGCAAUGCACUUAUAGACCGAAGGCGAACGGGGUCCAUCAUCCAUGGUCACGCAGCUCCAAGAGAAACAGCCUCCGAGCUUUGCUGCUAGGCCGAGAGAGGACGCCACCAUUCCAUCAUCGGAAAGUUUCUGAGGGUUUCGCCGCUAGGGACGAUCCCACGCAGCAGCCAAUAGGAAGCUGCCGACUGGCCGAGGGUCUUUCCAGCCAUGGACACCGCUGAGGAGACUUGCCGAGAACGACAGCACGCGCUCGCCCGAAAACGGCAGUGCCGACGAAGAGCAGAUCCCGACGUCAGGGCUAAGCGAAAAGAGGAAGAACGACUACAUCGAUUGCUCAACCCUCCUGUAGGAAAACAGAGCACAGCAGCCAAACGGCAACAACGUCAGGAAAAUCCCGAGGUGACAGUUAGAACAACACAAGCGAAACGCCGGUAUCGAUGCGAUACCGAGAUGCGGGCGCGAAAAAACGCUGCGAGAAGAGAGACACGGGGACUAGGGCGCGCAUUGCACUUCCUCAGCAUUUACUAAGAGUGGAGCUGCCCACAGUUUUUCAUCUCUUUUUUUUUAUUGAAGCAAAAAAUAAGUGAAGGACUUGUUGUCACCAUUUCUUGGUGACGGCUGCCCCUUCCCACGUAGUUAUUCAAGCUUCCAUCGACCCUGAACUUGCAUUUCGGUAGAGGCGAAAUGCUAGAGGCCCAUGUACUUAGAUUUAGGAGCACGUUAAAAACCAACAGUUGGUCAACAUUUCCAGAGCACUCCACCAAGGUGUCCCUCAUAUUCAUAUCGUGGUUUUGGGACGUUA